UGAUAGUUUCCGUCACCGGAAGUUGAAUAGGCUUCCGGCUCGCGCAGCUGAGGGACAACAUGGCGGCGGUGGUGAUGUCCCGGUGUCAGUCCAGACUCCGGUUCUCCCCUCGCUGGUUCUUUAGAAGUUACUUAAGCUCGGACUCCAGCGGGACUUCCGGCAGCGACCCGCCCGCCGCAGACGCACCCAGGUCCGGGUUCGCUGCCGCCUUCGACCUCCAGACGGAGAUCCGCCGGGAGGCGGGGACCUCAGCGGCCGGACUGCGAGGCUCCUCCUCCGGUCAGGACGAGAGCUUCGCCUCGCUGCUCCGCCGGUCCCCGCUGGUCCAGAUGGGACCGGCCCGGGACAAGGUGGUGGUCGGGAGGAUCUUCCACGUGGUCCAGGACGACCUGUACAUCGACUUCGGGGGGAAGUUCCACUGCGUGUGUCGGCGGCCGGCGGACGGAGGAGAGAAGCUGCAGCGGGGCAGCAGGGUCCGUCUGCGGCUGCAGGACCUGGAGCUCACGGCCCGGUUCCUCGGAGCUCAGACCGACACGACGCUGCUGGAGGCCCAGGCCGUGCUGCUGGGCCCGCUGGAGGGACGGGAGGGAAGGGAGAGCCGGGACUGAGGGGGUCCGGGUCCCUGGAGAGACUGAACCCGAACUGACGUUCAGUCACGUGGUCUGAUCGAUGACAGAUUGUUUACAUCGAUCAGUGACUCGGAUGAUUAUUGAUCCGCUUGAAGUUUGUGUUAUUAAAGUGAAACGUGUUCCGA